CGGGCCGGCCAGGAACAUGGCUGCGCGCCCCACCGCCACCCUCGCCUGGUCGCUGCUGCUCCUGUCCUCGGCCCUGCUCUGCCGCGGCAGCCUGGCGCACUUGGCAGCCGAGCCGGACUCAAAGCCCGAGGCGGUGGUUUUCCCGGAGUCGCCCCUGCAGCGACCCACGGUGCUCGUGGCCGUUCUCGCCCGCAACGCUGCGCACACGCUGCCCCACUUCCUCGGCUGCCUGGAGCGGCUGGACUACCCCAAGAGCAGGAUGGCCAUCUGGGCAGCCACCGAUCACAAUGUGGAUAACACAACCGAAAUACUCAGGGAGUGGCUGAGAACUGUCCAGAAACUCUACCACUAUGUGGAGUGGAGGCCGAUGGAGGAGCCAGAGUCUUAUCCUGAUGAGAUCGGGCCAAAGCACUGGCCAAGCUCCCGGUUUGCCCAUGUCAUGAAACUGCGACAGGCAGCCCUUCGCACUGCGAGGGAGAAGUGGUCAGACUACAUCCUGUUCAUAGAUGUCGACAACUUCCUCACUAAUCCACAGGCUCUCAACCUAAUGAUUGCAGAAAACAAAACCAUCGUAGCACCCAUGCUGGAGUCUCGGGGGUUGUACUCUAACUUCUGGUGUGGAAUCACACCUCAGGGCUUCUAUAAACGGACCCCAGACUACCUUCAGAUUAGAGAAUGGAAGAGGAUGGGCUGCUUCCCUGUCCCCAUGGUCCACUCUACCUUCCUAAUUGACCUCAGGAAGGAGGCCUCUGACAAGCUGGCCUUCUACCCCCCACACCAGGACUACACGUGGACUUUUGAUGACAUCAUCGUCUUUGCCUUCUCCAGCAGGCAAGCAGGCAUCCAGAUGUACCUCUGCAACAGACAGCACUAUGGCUACCUGCCCAUCCCGCUGAAGCCCCACCAGACACUGCAGGAGGACAUCGACAACCUCAUCCACGUGCAGAUAGAAGCAAUGAUUGACCGUCCUCCAAUGGAACCCUCCCAGUUUGUGUCAGUGGCCCCUAAGUAUCCAGACAAGAUGGGAUUUGAUGAGAUCUUCAUGAUUAACCUCAAACGCAGGAAGGACAGGCGGGACCGGAUGCUGCGCACACUGUACGAGCAAGAGAUCGAGGUCAAGAUUGUGGAGGCCGUGGACGGGAAGGGGGAGAUCGGCUGCUUUCUUAGUCACUACUCUGUCUGGAAAGAGGUAAUUGACCGAGAACUUGAGAAGACUCUUGUUAUUGAGGAUGAUGUGCGCUUUGAGCAUCAGUUCAAGAAAAAGCUGAUGAAGCUGAUGGAUGACAUUGAUCAAGCGCAGCUGGACUGGGAACUGAUUUACAUUGGUAGGAAGAGGAUGCAAGUAAAAGAACCAGAGAAAGCAGUACCCAAUGUUGUAAAUCUGGUUGAAGCUGACUAUUCCUAUUGGACCUUGGGCUACGUCAUCUCUCUGGAAGGAGCACAGAAGCUGGUUGGAGCUGAUCCUUUUGGGAAGAUGCUACCCGUGGAUGAGUUUCUGCCAAUCAUGUACAACAAGCAUCCCGUAGCUGAGUACAAAGAGUACUAUGAAUCCAGGGACUUGAAAGCCUUCUCAGCAGAACCCCUGCUCAUCUAUCCCACGCACUACACAGGCCAGCCGGGCUACUUGAGUGACACAGAGACCUCGACCAUCUGGGAUAAUGAGACAGUGGCAACAGACUGGGACAGGACACAUUCCUGGAAGUCACGGAAGCAAGGUCACAUCCACAGCAAUGCCAAGAAUACAGAGGCAUUGCCAUCGCCAACUUCCCUGGACACUGUGCCCUCAAAGGAUGAGCUCUAAAGGCUCCCCAAACUGGGGCCCACACUGGUUCAUCGCUGUUUGGAUUUUCUAAAAGGCCGUUCAUUUGUUCACUGCAGGUUGUUUUAGUGGUCACAAUCAUCUAACCAAAGUGGUCUGAUCUGAUGGACCAAAUUAAUAUAUUUUUGACAGGGGACAGUGGUAGACAAGUUAAACUCAAAUUUCUAUUAUGGCUAGAAGAUAGGCCUUAUGAGAACUGGUAAGUUAAGCUUCAGUCCAGACACCCAAUUCUUUGGCUCACUGGCUACCUGACACUACUGUCCAUAUUAGGGUACCAAAAUGGCUCAGAAUUUUGUCCAAGAGACUGAUUCACCAAGCUGUCACAUCAGUCAGUAGGUAGUCAAAGCAGUCAAGUUAACUGAACCACAUUUAUUGGUCUGGAUUGUCCAUUUUAUGUGACAGGUGUGACUUUAAAACUCCAAGCCAACUAGGCUACAUUUAUUGGUCUAGUUAGUUCAUUUUAUGUGAUCUUGAAAACUUAUGCCUAUAAC